AUGGUCAUCGCCGUCCUUCCCGCCCUCAUCCCCGACAUCCGUCGCGUGUACGAGUCCUACUUCGCCGCCUUCAAGGGCGAGCGCAUGGGCGAGAUCAUGCUCAAGAUCCUCUUCCCCGGCGUUGACACCGAGGCGUCUGAGUUCCGCGACGCCCACGCCAAGGGCACCCUCGAGUGGUGGCACACCUCGACCACCCAGUACACCUUCAAGGCCAUCGACAUGGCCGACGGCGAGAUCUUGGGCAUGGGUCUGGUAGAUAUUUUCGUCAAGGAGCGUUCCGAGGAGGAGCGCAAGAACCUUGGCGUCCCGUGGCUCGAAGGCGAGGCGAGGGAGAGGGCUGAGAAGGUCCUUAACCCCUUGCACGACAUGAGGGAGCACCUCUUUGGUGGCAAGCCCUACAUCUAUGCCCACGUCAUCGGCGUCGACCCCAGAUGCCAGGGCCGCAAGGCCGGUAUUGCCCUCGCCAAGUUCGGUCUCGACCUCUCUGAGCGCUGCAACCUCCCCAUCUACUUCGAGUCUUCCCCUUCGUCCAUCGGCCUUUACCAGAAGGCUGGCUAUGAGAUCCUCAAGGAGACCAUUGUCCACAAGGCCGAGACCCUCGGUGUCGAGGAGGAUAUCGUUGUUCCCCUGGUCGUUCGCAUGCCCUCGUGUGCCAACGGCAUGAGCUUCUAUGAGUGGAAGGAGAAGGGUUACCCUAGCUUCAACGCUCCCUCCAACAAGGAGAAGUUGUAA